AUUCUGAAUCUUCUCUCCUCAAUCUUCCGCCAUGUUAGGUUAGCAUGGGAAAUUGCAUACCAUGACGAAAAACUGCUGCUAAAAAUAUAAACGUUUAAGCACCGUUCUUUGAAGAUUUAGGAAACAUAUUAAUUUGCUAAAAUUUAUUCAAUGGCAACAAACAUGCGAGUUCUUGAAGAAAAAGUAGCAGAUAUCAAAGUGAAUGAUGAUUCCAAUGACCAGGAUGGAGAGAUUACCAACACAACUUCAUCAUUAGAAGAAGAAAAUGAAGCGGAUUUCAAGCACAAUGGUCCUGUGGAAGGUCUGAGUAUUCUUGAUUUACCUCCAGAAAUGAUUCUUAGAAUCUUUGUUCAUCUUGAUAUCAGAACAAUUUUCAAGACAGUAAUUGUCACAUGUAAAACGUUUUAUGAAAUUUUGAGUGCAAAGGAUAUCUGGCAGACUGUGUUUUGCUUGAAAUGGGAGCAUAUCAAUCUUUUGAAAGAUCUUGAAAAUGUGAACAGUUGGAGAAGCAUAUACUCUACCUAUGAUGAUGUUGACAAUUUCUGGAGGAGCAAGGGUGGAUUGAAGCUUAAUUGCAAAAAGCUUUUGGGACACUCAGCACCAGUUGAUGCAGUCCAUGUUAUGCCUGGGAAAAAGUUUGCUGUUUCUGGUUCUAGGGACAGAUCAGUUGUUGUAUGGGAUAUUGAAAAGUUCUCUUUCGAGGAUGAAACUGAAUGUGAUAUCAAGGAAGCUGUCACUUUAUCAGGGCAUACUGGCUGGGUAUGGUCUGUAACAACUGAUGCAAGGCAACCACAUGAAGUUAUCACUGGAUCGUGGGACAAAAGUGUAAAAGUUUGGGACUUGAAUAAAAAUGCAGAGAACAUUCACACGUUCAAGUAUCACCCCUCUGCAAUAUUGACAAUGACAUCAUAUAAUGGGUUGAUCCUCAGUGGUUGUUAUGAUAAGAAAGUGCGCAGUUUUGACCCACGAUCUGAAGAUGUACAAGAAAUUAUACAGCAUAAGGGACCUAUACUGUCACUUAUUGUCCAUGAAGAUUUUGUCAUAUCUGGCAGUGAAGAUAAAACAGUCAGUAUAUGUGACAGGAGAAUGACAGGCCAUACUCUGUCUUCAAUUGGCAUUGGAAGUGAGGUGCUAAGCAUGAAUCUUGCCCAUGAUAUGGGUUUCCAGUACCUGAGAAUUGGUAGCAAAAAAGGUGUCCUCAAUCUAUAUGACACAUCAAGCCAAAAUUUUGUCCUUCUAGAGUCAUAUCAGCUGUGGAAGGACCACAAAGUCCUAAAGCUGGAAAACUUUCAUGGAGCUUUGAUUGCAUGUGCAUCUACAGGAUAUUACAGAGCCUACACCCCAGACAGGAGUUUGAAGCUGCUGGGAACUUUUCAUGAACAUACUUUGGAAAUCUCCAGUGUUCAUUCCAGAAAUGGUAUUAUGGUUACUGGAGGCUGUGAUGAUACUGUUGCCUUAUGGCGAUACAGCAAAGAAUGAUGACAGUUUAAAAAUAUGUAUGAAUCUCGAUUAUCCUGCACUCAUUAACAAACCCCACAAAUUAUUGGUGGGAAAAUCACUUCUCCUUGUCAGUACUUAUAGGUACUGAUGUUUUAGAGCAGUUUAGGAUUGAUUGACGAAUGGCAGGGCCGCACUUCCCACUGGGCCCUAAAAGUGUUAGUGUGGCCUUGUUGAAUGGGACAUAGAAGCAAGGCAGGGGGGCAUUUGACUACCUGUGUAUAAAAAUUUGCAGGUCCCAAGACUUUUUCAUCAGUUUUCACCCUACUAAAUAAAUCAUAUUUCCAUACCCAAAUGAGUAAAUUUGAGAAAUCUAAGACAGAUGGCUAGAAUGUUGCACCAUAUUUCCAUACACAACCAUAGACAAGAAGAAUGUUGCCAUAUCACUUCAAUUUGAAAAAUAGACAAAAUAUUGAAUUUAUAAGUGAAAACUAAAGCCAAGGUUUUUUGCAAAAUAAUAUGCAAAAUUACUGUUAACAAUCACAAUUGCUCAUAAGAAUAUUUGUAUGCCUAGGUGAUGUAUCAGGUAAUUUAAUUUUAGUUGUAUAUUUUAGUUGUAAUAAAUUAAUUUACCAGUAAACUUGAUUGUUCUCUUUUGUUUUGUAGUUUCCUGCUUACUGAGAUUCUAAAUUGAAAUUUGUCGAAAAGAAGUCAUUUUCUAGGUAUCAUCUUUUCUACCCAAUGUUACGGUAAAUUGUUUUCUAUGAAAUAAUUUAACGGAAAGGAGAGCAAAUCGAUUGUAUUCCAAAUAAUUAUCUCGACAAGGACAACAAUUAUCUCUAAGCAAUUCUUUGCAUUUAUCAAGAGGGAAAUACUCCGAGAAAACCUAUAGACAAAGAAGCCACCGGUAAUGUGAUAACAAGCAGAAUUUCAAAGGCGUGUCUAUGUAAGUAAACUAUUUUCGAUAAACAUUAAUAACGCUUGGGAUAAAAUAUGACUUCUAUGGCAUCAAAACAACUUUGUAAGGUAAACAUCGUGACAGACUCCAAUAGUUUAUAAAUAAGCUUUAUGCAAUGAAAAGCUUUAAAAAUCCAUGAAAAAAGCUUAAAUAUGCGGGGCCUUCCUAGAUUGUAAAGGUUACGGCUCACGAAUUCCCGCACAAUAUAUUAGUACCUUACAAAAAUAGGCACAGC